AGCAGCGGGCUCCCCAGCGAUGUUUUACUCAGGGCUCCUCACCGAGGGCGGCCGCAAGGACACCGACAUGCGGGAGGCGGCGUCGCUGCGACAGCAGCGCCGAAUGAAGCAGGCUGUGCAGUUCAUCCACAAGGACUCCGCCGACCUGCUGCCCCUGGAUGGCCUCAAGAAGCUAGGCUCUUCCAAGGACACGCAACCUCAUAACAUUCUGCAGAGGCGCCUCAUGGAAACCAACUUGUCUAAGCUCCGAAGCAGUCGUGUCCCUUGGGCCUCCAAGACCAACAAACUCAAUCAGGCUAAGUCUGAGGGGCUAAAGAAGUCUGAAGAUGAUGACAUGAUUUUGGUUUCUUGCCAGUGUGCUGGAAAGGAUGUGAAAGCCUUGGUUGACACAGGCUGUCAAUACAAUCUCAUCUCCUCAACCUGUGUGGACAGAUUGGGACUCAAGGAGCAUGUCAAAUCUCACAAGCAUGAAGGAGAAAAGCUUUCUCUACCCCGGCAUCUCAAAGUAGUGGGCCAGAUUGAGCACCUAGUGAUCACACUGGGCUCCCUCCGCCUGGACUGCUCAGCAGCUGUGGUUGAGGACAAUGAGAAAAACUUGUCCCUUGGUCUCCAGACUCUCCGAUCCAUGAAGUGCAUCAUAAACUUGGAUAAGCACCGGCUGAUCAUGGGGAAGACAGACAAGGAAGAAAUACCUUUUGUGGAGACAGUUUCUUUGAACGAAGACAACACUUCAGAAGCAUAACUACAGCCUGCAGCAUGUCUGCCUGUGUGAAUACAUACCAGACUGAAAGAUUGAGCAAACUGGGUUUGAACCAAAUGCAGUAGCAACUUGCUGUGGACCAAGUCCUUCCCUCUAAUAGAAGUGCCAGGGGUUCCUUCCCACUCAGACCUCUCUAGACUAUAAUCUGUGCUUAGAGAUCUUGUCUGAUAAUAGCCUUUGUUUUUUACUCUUUUAAUCACUUAUAGACCCUUUUUGACACUGCCAGGUCUCACUUGGGGCCUGCUUCUCUGCUUCUUCCAGAAAUUUGCUUUUAUUAGUCAAGUAUAGGGGCUCCAAGGUUCUAUUUCUCCAUAGAUACACUUGCUUCUUUUCCUGUAACUAAAUGUGUAAUAAACAGGAACCUGACCUUUACUUCCUUUCAGCUGUUUCAAAGAGGUGCAGGAUACCUAUGUCUUGGAAUUAGAAUUUUUUUCAAAUUCAUUUACUGAUUUCUCAAGUAUAAAUUGAUUUGAAAGAACCUGGAGAGAACAUCUAGUCCAUCUCUUUCAUUUAAAGGUCAGAGAGGCCAGUGAAUUGUCUGAGCUUAUAUAUUAACUCAGUGGUAGAAGGGACCUAGAACUCAGGCCUGACUUCCAAGUCAAGGCUCCCAGGCUGCCUCAUUUGUCUUUAGUCCUUAACAGGAGGAUGAAGAGAUGAGAGUGUGUAGAAAAGGCAGGGUAGAGGAAGAAUACACUUUGGAAAUGGAUGCUAGGAGGAACUGGGUAACCCUCCCUCCCAUAUGCCAAGCCCACCAAAAGUUCCCUGCCCAAACUAUUACAUGUAGCCCCUUAUCUUUGUGCCUAAACACUGGGGGUACAAAGAUGGAUGAGAUGAUAUCUCACUGUGAACUUCUUGGAGGAGAGGAGGGAUAAGGAACCACAGACAGAGGAAUAUUAAUCCCUCUCUGAGAUGUAAUUGAAGGCUUCAGUAAAUAAUCUGGGCAUUGUUGUCAGACACUGAUUAUCCCCAAGAUCUAGUCAGUAUUUCUGCCUAACUUGUUAUGGUCUGCCAAGGACUAGUAGCUGGGAACACAGGGGUGGGGAAAGAAGAUGAAAAAACCCAGAGCAGGGCCAGGAUAGAAGGGAGUAGACUGGGUAGAAUCAAUUUGUAGGGAGGCCUACCUGGGGAAACCUUUCUGGGAUGGAGGUGGGAAUGAAACUUCCAGGAAAUCGAGGGUUGGGAAACUCUUCAGCUUUGUCCUAGUACAGGGAAAGAGACAGGGCAGGAUCUGGUAGUAUUAAGGACAAUCUUUUAUAACUGCCCAGUGUUUCCUCACCCCUCUCAAAUGGGCAGAAGAUCACAGGGGUUUUUGAAGCUUAUUUGUUGGGGUGUCAGCACACACAGCACACAGGUACCUGUAAUGGAAUCGUCCGUUCAGUUCACUUAUAGAAGUGCUUGGACAAGUUAGAAAAAUAGCCAGCUGUGGGUAUCCCUUUAAGAUAUUCCCAAGUCUAUGGUGGGAUCACAGCAGUAGUUCUCGGUGUUUAAUGGAGCCCACUUUGAACUUUUCCAAGUGCCACCAACUAUCUUGUCUAGUGUUCAGCUACUGCCUCUACCAAACAACUCUUUGGAACUCUGAACGUUUGGCCUCGUGGAAGCUCCCUAAAGAGAACUUUGGUGACUCCCAUUUGAAUAACUAGGCAGCUGUACAGCAGUCAGUUGUCACUAGGUCAUUCCCUAGGCUCCCUUCCUAUCAGCCUCUACAAAGGAAGCUAGAUGGAAAACUAAGCACAACCACAGUACGGGAGGCUACAUCUGAAGCUCAGUAGGGGUGAUCCCAGGGUUACCAGCCUUCAGUGCCCCCUCCAGCUACACCUCAUACUCUUACCUAGGAGGGACUUGCACCUGUCUCUCGAGGCCUCUCCAAGCAGCUCCCCUACUACCUAUCAUGGCAACACUUUGGCCUGCUUCUUAUCCUAGGACUAAGUUGAAAUACUUCACCCUUUCUUCCCUACUUGAAAGUUGCAUUCGAAGCCUUGACUAUUGGUUACAAGGGAGCCGUUCUGGUUUAUCCUUAUCUGGAUUCCCUGUGAACCAAGUGAGGCCAGGCAUUGUCAGGUUUUAGAAAGAUGUGGUUGAUUCUGGCCUUUUGAGUUCAGGAUUAUACGGCUUCAGGGAAAUUAUCAGAUGCCCUUUAGUGAUCCUUCUGGCCUCUGAAAACCAGUGAUUUUCCAGUUUUGGAAUAGAAACAGUUGGGGUGAACUGAGCUUAGGAUAUCAUAAUCUCACUCCAUGCAGUCAAGUCAUUUGAAUUCUCUAACCAAACAAUUGUGUUUUAACCCCAGCUUGACGUAGGUACCUAAAAAUGUCUAAAGACAAUUGUGGGAAGUCUUGAGCUUCAUUAACCUUCCUUAAAUGCUGCCAAGUUGAUUACUCUGAUAGCCCUUGUAUCCUUGAUGGUCAUGAGGGAGCACUGGGUCUACUUUUCGGGGGCUGGCAAAGUAAAAAGGCAAGGUCAGUUCCUCCCAGAGUCCUAGAAAAUUCCAGUGCCUCUGAUUGAAGGUAUGGGAGAAAGGGUGGCUACCCAGUUCACAGUUCUGAAGGUAGGCAGUAGCAAGAAGUACCAGAAUUAUCGCAUUCCUUACUAGAUGUCCAUCUCAAAUACAGGGAGUUUGAAAAGUACUGUUUUUGUUUGGUAUUUCUUUGGCUGACUCAUUUGAGGAAUACACGUUUUCUAACUUUUGUAUUUCCUUGCCCUGCACAGACCAGACCUGGCACAAUUUUCUAUUCCUUAGCUCAAAGUUCUAUAGGAUGGAUUGCCUAGUAUGUCAGCUGCCCUCACUCUUAUGUAAUAGGGGACAUGGAGAUGAACUGGAUUCCUCCUUCCUUCUGUUGCCAGGCCUCUCUGCACUGGCACUUUAUCCUCUGAGUGUUUCUGGCUGUGUUCAGUUU